AUGGGUCUCGUGACCACAAAAGACAUGCUCUCAGGCAGCGGCGCCGACCGCACCUACAUCGCCGAGCUCUCCCGCAACCUCGCCGAAUUCCUCACCGACGACAAGCGCGGCGUCCUCAAAAGAGAAGGCGGCAUCAUUUCCCUCGUAGACCUCUGGGCCCUCUUCAACCGCACCCGCAAUGGCAUAGAACUAGUCUCGCCACGAGACUUUGACCGCGCAGCAACUAUGUGGGAUACACUGCGCUUGCCCAUCCGUCUCCGCCGCUUCAAGAGCGGGUUACUGGUUGUCCAGAGCCGCGACCGCACUGACGACAAGACCGUCGCGAGUCUCCUCUCCUGGCUCAAAGAUCUUCACUCUAUCCCUCCUUCCAUGUCAAACACUUCCGAAUUCGGCGCUGUGACCGGGCCCUCAGUAACCUGGGACUGGCAAGCCUUUGGCCGUGGCGUAACAGCCCAAGAAACAGCAGAGAGAUUUGGCUGGAGCGUCGGUGUUGCGACAGAAGAGCUGGAAAUGGCGGAGGAAAGAGGCGCCCUCUGUCGCGAACAAGGUCUCGACGGCGUCAGGUUCUGGGAAAACUUUUUCGCUGAUAUUCCUGUCAAAUUGCCAAAGGCAAAGUCGGCGUCGCAGUUGGAACAGCUGGAGAUAGAGAAGAGGCUAAGGGAGAGUGGUCUUUUGUAG